AUGGUAGGAGGAGGGUGGAAACCAGUGCUAUAUGGCAAGGGUAAGCAUUCGCAGAGCCAUGAUGGAAGCCGAGCUGGUACUCACACAAUCUUUGUUGACAAUAUUCCCUCAUCCUUUAGCUCGAAGAGGCUCAAUGAUCUGUUUAUGAAGUUUGGAAUUGUUCGAGAUGUAUUCAUUCCAAAUAAGUUAAGGAAAUCUACGCGGUCCAGGUUUGGCUUUGUCAGGUACGAUUGUCCUGUAGCUGCUGAAGUGGCAAUCCAAAAAGCUAAUGGCCUGUGGUGUGAUGAUAAAGCCUUGAGAGUUAAGAAAGCAGAGUUUGAAAAGAAAGCAGCAGGUGGCAGAGGAAGGCAAGAAGGCCAACCAGGGAACGGAUCUGGAAGAGAGGAGGGAGGCUCUCGGUGGCAAAAGAGCCAAAAAGCUCAAACAAGCAUAGGCUAUCGGUCAUAUGCAGAAGCUGUGCAGCUGGGAGAUAGCAAGAAAAGUGUAGGUCCCUUGGUGAUAGCCCAUGAGGCAGGGAAUGGAUGGCUAUAUGAUAGCUUUAUUGUCAAGUUGAAAAGCUAUUACUCAUUUUCAAAUUUCCGAAAAGCAGUCAUGGAAAAAGGAUCAGCAGAAAUGCUGGUUAGGAGGGGGGGAGGAAGAAUGGCAGUGGUGUCAUUUAAAUCAUCUGAAGAUUUGAAGGAAAAUGCAUCAAUACUAAAGGACUGCUUGCAUGACUGGUGCGAAUCAGUCUCAACACCUUUAACAAGAUUGGGAGAUUAUGGGGGGAGGUAA